UGAAGGAGCCUCAAUCCCGGCUCCCACGGCUGUUGUGUAUCACAAUCGAAGACGCGGCCCUCUUCCGGGUGGAUCCCUGCCGACGCCGAGGGUUACGGGCUUUCGCACGGUUGCACGGGAUCGAAGCGUCAGCGAGGCACUGUAACGACGACAUCGGCGGCGGUGGCAGCCGCAAUCACCGUGCAAGCCACAUCAAUGAGAUACACGAAUGCAUAUAGAGUACUAUGUAUUCGUGUUUAUUUAUAUUGGGACGCAUUCGCGUCAUUGGCAACUGUCCGCGACUCGAGCACCGCAGCAGAAUGGAAAGGGGGCCCGCAGCUCAUCAGGUCGAGUUGACGUCAGAGGGGGGGCCAUAUUGCCGUUCCAGGCUCCAAAGCCUCCCUUCGAGGCUGAUCAACACUUGCAUGUAACCAUGCGCCCAAGUUGGCAACGGAAUCAGAAGGACUUCAGCAACUCAUCUUGGCCCCCUGUUUCCGCGUCUUCUUAUCGUUGGCCCGACAGUAACAUUCCUGUCUGCAACACACGUCCAUGCGCGGCGACGACUCUGAGCAGCAUCCUUGGCAAAACCAAACCCCCUUCCCCCCUGGAUCCGUACGUGGUGGGCCAUACUUGGAGGGAGGGAGGAACUAGAGCCUCGAUCGGCAUUUCCAGACGGUCUAGAGGCGAGUCCAUGGGAGUUGCCGUGGCCCGCAGAUGCCGCGUGCUGGGCGGCGGCCACGGGAGGACCAGGUCAGACCUGGGCUUUCGACGUGGAGAGAGGCAGAGACAGAGGCAAAGGCGGCGGUCUCGGCAACGACAAACGGGCUCUCUCGCGCUCACCGCGGUGGUCGACUCCCCGACCUUCCCUCCCUGUCUCCGUCCGGCUGGAUGAGUGAACGCGAGCCUCCCUCGAGACGUUGCGGAUGUUGCCUCCUUUUUCGGGGUUCUG